UUUGUACCAAACCACAUUCAUAACCAGAAAAUGGUUUUCAUGAUGCUCAUUUUCUUCUUGCAGCCCAAAGUGCCACAAGCAGUUAAAACACUCUUACUUUGAUAUGUUUAUAGACAUGUAAAUAAGUAAUGGUUCAGAAAUAUAAGCUCACCCAGACAUGGGGUAGCAGCGGGAAACACAAUCUAACUACUGCCGCACAAUAGUGACUGCUGUACGAGCAAGUGGUAAAUCAUUAUAUUGUGAGUGUGAGUGUGUGUAAGUUCAUUUGCUUUCAUGUACAGACGACAAAGUCUUAUCAGUCUCUGAGGACAUCGUCCCCCGCACUCAACUGACGAGCCGCUGUCACUGUAACACUCCCAGCAAACUUAAAUGACGUUUCCUCCCUGAAUAUUGGAAUAUUUUUUAAUAACCUCUUCGCUGAAAUGUUCUACAGUUCAUUACCACAUCUCGCUGAGCCUCAUUCUGGUAGUUUUGAGCCUCUGAUCGCUAGUUAGACGCUUGUGGGAGAUUAAACCCGCUCUCCGAAGAUACAUAAAGCGAGAAAAGGCCUGAAGGGGCUGCGACUGGGACUCCCUAUUACAAGUUAGUGUCGGGGCUGAGGAGCAGUGGGUGUGUAAAAGAAAAAAAAAAAAAAAAAGUGAAAGUAAUUUUUGGAUCAUAAAGUGGCUGAAUAUUAUAUAAUUGUGUAGGAGUGACCGGAAUGUAUUUUUUGGGUGAAUAAAUUCAAUGAAGUGCAUAUAUGAGGGUGGGGUGUCUUUCACUGUCUGGUUCCCAGCCCACUUUCGAACCGUGAACGGCCCUUAAGUGCAGUGAAAGGAAAAGAUCGGCAGUAAAUUUGAACGCUAACUACAUGGUCUUAUGUAGAUGGGCAGUGCUUUGUGUGAGUAAGAGAGAGAGAGGCUGAGAGGCUGGCAUGAGGCCAGUACAGGCUGUACCAGUGUGUGAUAACUGGGGUGGAACUCAGACACAGAGGGAGGAGACCAGGCUGAGGUCGGACAUUGACGACAAAUAUUGGUUUAGUUUUCAGAGAGUUCCAGAGGGACUGAGGGGAGGUGUUUCUGUUUGCGCGCUGGGUUGCCAUGCAGAUGAGCUGUGUGUUUAUGUGUGUGUAUGGGAGGUUAGAAAUUAUGUCACAUUUGGAUGACUGAAUACAGCUUACAUUCAUUUGUUGUUGUUUUUUAUUUGAAAUUUUCUUAAGACUGAGUUCUUGGGUCCUUGCGGUAACGAUAAUGUAACUUAAAGAUUCAGUGCACUUCUUCUCCCGUCGCCUCAGUGUUUACUGAUUCUGUGACGGAAAUGAAAAUAUUUACAAAAUACAAAACUAAUUUAAAGAAAGUUCUCAGUGUUCACUAAAUAUGGGAAAGACGCAGAAGCUGUUAAGAUCAUAACAUUUAACUCAGAACUACAGUAUGUUGUAAUUUUAUGUCGGUUUUUUUUCCAGAACAAACAGGAACAGCAGUUCAGUGGAUUUGUACUUUGCCCUCUCCUUGUCUACAUGGCAAAUCACAUAACACGUAGCACUGCAGCAUGUAGGAAAAUGACUCCUAACAUGGCUGUCACCCUCCCUGUGUGCACAGUUAAAAACGUGUUGGCCAAGGCGUUGUAUGACAAUGUGGCCGAGUCCCCGGACGAGCUGUCCUUCCGCAAGGGUGACAUCAUGACGGUGCUGGAGCGUGACACGCAGGGACUGGACGGCUGGUGGCUAUGCUCCCUCCAUGGUCGCCAAGGCAUCGUCCCGGGCAACCGCCUCAAGAUCCUGGUCGGCAUGUAUGACAGCAAGCAGCAGCAACAGGCCUCGCCCUCCACACUAGAUCCAGUAGCUUCCUGUCCUCCCUCUCUCCCGCCCUUGCUGGCACACCGACCCCUCCCUCCUCAGAGCGCUUACACUAUACCAACACCUGCACCGUCGUCUGCUGCCAUCGCUACGUCCUCUUCUGGGUUUGCCAACAAGCCCCUCCCAGCAGCUCAGUACACAUCCAUGCACUCAGCCUACUCUACCCCAUGCCCUGCACAGCCCAACCCUGACUCUGUCUACAUGAUGCCCCCCUCCCACAACACAAAACCAAGCCCGCAUAGUGUGUACCAGAUUCCCUCUGGUCCAGUUGGUCCCAGUCCACAGGUCCAGCCAUUACCCCCCAGCAAAGCAUCAGCUUUACCCCCGAGACAGUACCAGAUGUCUGCAAAGGACAUCUACCAGGUGCCCCCCUCUAUAGGCCCGGUGCCAGGCCUUAGUGGUGGUACGGGAACUGAGCAAGACGUGUACCAGGUGCCCCCCUCCCUGGAUAAGAGGAACUGGGAGAGUAGCAACAAGCCACUGGGGAAGGUGGUGGUUCCUACUCGGGUUGGACAGGUGUACGUGUACGACACACUGAAGACAGACCAGGACGAGUAUGAUGUCCCACCCAGACAUCAACCUCCAACUCAUCAGGACAUAUAUGAUGUGCCACCUACCCGCCAACAGUACAACACACAGGUGUACGACACCCCUCCCAUGGUGGCUAAGGGGCCCUCUGGUGGUCAGGAUAUAUACGACACCCCAGCAAGCACAGAGAAGAACACACAGCAGACAGUGUAUGAUUUCCCGCCGUCUGUCAGUAAAGAUGUCCCUGACUCUCAGCCAAUCCGAGAGGAGACGUACGACGUACCGCCCCACUUUGCCAAACUCAAGUCUCACGCCCCCGUCCCGGCCGGCCAGUACCUGCACAACAACCUCGCAGACGACGACAACGAGCCCCCGAUUCCUGAGGACGUGUACGACGUUCCGCCCCCCAUCCUCACUGACAAGCAGUAUCACAGGGACAGGACCGGGGUGGGCCAGGCCACGCAGGACAUCUAUGACAUCCCAGCCAGCCUGAGAACCGGAGGUCACGCCCCCACUCAGGAUGUUUACGACUUCCCCCGGGAACGAGAGGAGAGAGGGGGAGAUAGAGGAGAUCACUAUAUCUAUGAUGUCCCACCACAGGUUGUGCGUGAUGUCCAGUCCACCAGCGAGGAGCUGACCAUGUCCUUCAAGCGUCUGUCUGCCUCGAGUACAGGCAGCACGCGGAGCAACCACUCCGCCUCAUCCUUGGACAUGGUCCCUGUCCGCGACACCUCCUCGACCUCCUCACUUCCUGCUGCUCCUGGCUGCGUUUCAGGGAAACCCCUCAUCUUGGACCUGGAGCAGGCCAUGGAGCGUCUGUCCCGCCUGCAGCAAGCUGUCGAGUCCAGCGUUUCCCUCAUGAUGUCAUUCAUCACAGGUAGCUGGAGAAGCCCCGCUCACCUGGAAGGGAACCUCCCAGCCAUUCAUCAGGCGGCCGACCGGGUGCGCGCCACUGUCCGAGACUUCCUAGAAUUUUCCCGGGGGGCUGUGGCCAACGCCGCCCAGGCCACGGACCGGUCUCUGCAGAGUAAACUGGGCCGUCAGGUGGGGAAGAUGGAGGAGGUCUUCCAGAGUUUGGUCCGACACAGUCAAAGCUUAGAUGCCAUUUCUUGGUCACACACGGCGCUCACGGCACCGCCGCCAGGAGGCGAUGACUUAGAUCGGCUAAUCAUGACGGCGCGAGGCAUCCCAGACGACACGAAGCAGCUCGCCUCCUUUCUUCACGGCAAUGCCUCACUUCUCUUCAAACGGACCAACCGGCAGCAGCAGCAGCUGCCGCUUCCUCCGAUCCCGGGGGAGCUCGGUGGUCACAUGACAGGAUCGGGAAGUGGCACGUAUCAGGGAGGGGAGAAGGUGAACAUCCAGUCGCGGCCCCUCCCGUCGCCACCAAAGUUUACAGCGGCAGAGGAAGAGGAAGGUGGGGACAGGCCGUAUGAGACCACAGAGGAAGGCUGGAUGGAGGAUUACGACUAUGUACAUCUACAGGGGAAGGAAGAGUUUGAAAAGAACCAAAGACAGCUGCUGGAGAAAGGCAACAUCAUACGACACAACAAGACACAACUGGAACACCAGCAGAUUAAACAGUUUGAGCGGCUAGAGCAGGAAGUCAGUCGGCCAAUCAACAACGACAUGACCGGCUGGGUCCCGCCCCCGCACCACCCACUGGCCAACCAGCUGCCCCAGAAUGGCUCCGGAGGCCCGGCCGCCGCCAAGCUCUGCCACGGCGACAGGCAGCUCCUCCUUUUCUACCAAGAGCAGUGCGAGCAGAACGUCACCACGGUGACCAACGCCAUCGACGCCUUCUUCACCGCCGUCAACUCCAACCAGCCGCCCAAAAUCUUCGUGGCGCACAGCAAGUUUGUCAUCCUCAGCGCGCACAAGCUGGUGUUCAUCGGCGACACGCUGUCGCGCCAAGCCAAGUCCCCCGAGGUGAGAGCGCGAGUGGCCCAGAGCAGCAACGCCCUCUGUGAAAAACUCAAAGACAUCGUGAUCAGUACGAAGACGGCGGCGCUGCAGUAUCCUUCGCCCGGAGCCGGCAGAGACAUGACUGAGAGGGUGAGGGAGCUGGCGGGGUAUACGCAGCAGUUUAGGAUGGUGCUGGGGCAGCUGCUGGUGAUGUAGGGUUUGUGGAAGGAGGAGGGUAUAACAAAACAAACAAUGACACAAACUGGGAUGUCCCAGGAAGACGGGGCAGUAAACUCUCCUUGUAACACAUGGUGGACGACCCUUUACACCCCCCCCCUCCAUACACAAGGUAAGAGGACCAGGAGCACAAAGUGCUGCAGGAGAGACCCUGUACACCCUUCCAGUGUGAGGUUGGAGACCCUGUGUGCCUCAGUAGGGUGAGGCUUUCCAUGACUCCUGCUAAGAAGCAUGAGAAACCCUGUGUGGCCCUUGGUCUUGGGGGUCUGGGACCCUGUCUGGGACAAGGACGCUGACCUCACAUCCAUCCUCCGCUCCCUCCCUACCUCACCUUUCACCGGGAUCGUUCUCUCUAAUCCCUCCUUCCACUGCGUGCUUUUUAUUCUCGACAAACUAAAAGAACAUUUUAUCAUCAGUGGGCUGGGCCAAUGGUUGUAAAAUAAUCACUGUAAAUAUUUAAGUUACCUAUUUAGUCAAAAAAAAACAAACAACACAGAACGAUAAAGACUGAAGAACUUCCAGUAUAUAAAUAUAAAUAUAUGGCUCUUUUUUUUUCUUUUUUUGAAGAAAAGAUGAAAACCUAAGUGUAGUUUUUAGACAAUAUCCAAUAAUUGUUAUUAUAAUUAUUGCUUUACUGUAUGAUUAUGGCUCUGAUUCUCGAUCCUCGUAUCAUUAUUGUAAUGGAUGUGUCACUUCCAGAUGCUCUGUAUGACUGUGUUGUAGUGCGUCGACGCUCCUCACCAUCCCGGAACACAGCGGCACACUUUCCGAGAAAACACCGGAGCGCGCGGGCCGCCGCUCGACUUCACCCGCCCGACGCGUCGCCACCUUCUCCUCUGUGUGUCGUCAUCGCCCGUGGUUCAACGAGUUGCUCCGCAUUGAGUCGGAGCCACCAGUGCAGUCAACGCUGCUGCCAGAAGAUGUCAGCAAAACUGUUAUUACACAUGAUCUCAGUGCCAUGUCGAGUGCUUCUUUUUGGGAAAUCUAUACGUAAGGUGUUUUGUAAGAGGCAUGUAUUAGACAAGAGGACUGUAUAAGGUUCAAGACGACAAAUGAAAUUAAAACUGCUUUGUCUUCCUUA